CAAAAUUGAAUCACCUUUUGUAAAUUUUGAAAUACAUCUAACCCAAACCAACGGCCACUAGAUCAAAACGUUCAUUAUUCAAACUGAAACAUGGCGAAAAGGCUACGAGAAUCCGACAGAAAGAAAACAAUAGAUAUAUUUCACGAAAUUGAACAUGACAUAAAAUGCUGUAGCUGCGACAAACGAUUCAUUUAUCCUGUGUACUUACCAUGUGGUCACACGAUUUGUAAAUCAUGUGUGGAAGCUCAAAGACCAUUUGGAAAAUGUUCAAUAUGCAAGGAACCGUUCAACGUAAAAGCACACACGUUCCCACGUAAUCCUCUAUUCGAAAGAUUAGCAUCAAUCGUAAGAUGUAAUAAAUACCUUGAUAAACUGAAAAGGAAUCCCUUUUGCAACUUUGAUGAUGAUCAUGUCAAGGACAUUUCUGCUGUAUUGUAUUGUGGAAUUUGCAAACUUAGAAUUUGCCAGAAGUGUAAAAUAUUGCAUGACAAAGUACCUGAAGCUCGUAAGCAUGAGGUCUACCUUUCUGGAAGUACCUUACAAGAAAGUGAAUAUAUUAGUAAAAUUACUAAAUGCGAAUUCCACAUUGAUAACAAAAUUACAAGAUGGUGUAGUGACUGUCAAUUGCCAGCAUGUUCAAAAUGUUGUCCAUGCGAACAUAUGCUAAUCAAUAUUUCAAAAGCGGCUAAGUCUGCAGAGAGAGAAAUAAGAAAGAUGCAGUCAAGGUAUAAAGAAACCAUGUCUGUGGUUCAAACACAACAGGAAAAUGUGAAAGGGCAUGAGAAAACCCUCGGAUUGAAGUUGAGGUAUAAUGUAAUCAAAAACUCAAUCGGAGAUGUCCAUAUUCAAACAUUUUAUCUGCUCUAUGAAAUAAAUUUACUUUUGUCAUUUGGCGGAGGCGCAGAAAAGCUUCAGGCACUACCUCAUCUGGUGAAACAACAAAAGUCCAUACAGAAAACGACAGAAAAUAUCAAAACGAGGCCUGAGUCGGAUUCUUCGUCCUCCAAUGACCGGUCUUCUUUUUUAGAUUCCGAUUCUUCAAAGUCUCAAAGUUCAGAAUUAAUGGACUUUCCAGAAAGGAAAGAAACUCAAAAUAUUUAUUACAAUGAAGUUGAUCUUCGGCAAUGUCGACAACUGGAAAAGAGGAAAGCCCGAAUAAUGAUCAAUGAAGAAAAUUCACCGGAGAACAUGUACAGCAAUGAGGAUCGCUAUGAAGAUACCUUGGUACAGAUGCGGAAUCCGACAAACAAAGAUACAAAAGAAAUCACUGAAAAGAUUUGUCAGUUUGAUACGGAAACAAGAAUCACAGGCAUGAUAGUGUUGGGUGAUACCAUCGUUAUAGCCAGUCAAAGUUCUGGAGAAUGUACCGGAUAUGGAACACAAGGAGACCGAAUGUGGAAAAUCAUUGAGAAACUAGACGGACCAUUUGACUUAGACUCGUACCAAACAAACGAUGGAAAACAGUUGCUCUUUAUUUCCGAUCCUGGGAAAAGAGAGGAAUCAGUAAGUGCCGUCAGAGUCUAUAAACGAGGAAAAAACAACAGAUAUACAUAUUUCACGUGUUUUACGAAAGAAUGCCUUCGCCCUAAAGGGAUUUGUGUUUUUGCUGGGAGAGUGUACCUCUGUGAGCCUCGAAAAAAGGAAGUCACAGAAUAUCAAAUAAAUGAUAAUUUAAGUGGGAAAAUUGUAAAACGAUACAAUGAAGAAGGCAUGCUCAAGGAACCGCUGUACAUAACAGCACAAGUAAUUCAUGAUAGAAUGUUUUUGCUGGUUUCUGAUAAACACAUCGGACUGAAGCGAUUGAUGAAAGGAGAAGAGAAAAAUAUAAAUCCAGGUUGGUCUGUAACCAAAGAAGACAUAUUUACUCCUUCAAAGUGUUUUGUCAACGAAAGGAAGGACAAUAGGGAAGUGUUUAUUGGUAAUACUACCGGAAGAAAGUUACAUCUAAUAAAUUUCGAACCGCGACAGAUAAGCCAUACAGAUUACGAUUUGGACAAUUCCUGUAGUGGACCCGUUGCAGUUUUAAUGAACGAAAAAGGCCAGGUUGUGGUAGGUUGCAAAGAUGGAACUGUUAUUAUCUUUAAAAUGGUUGAAGUGAAAGAAAUGAGUAGAAUUAAAUCAUCUACAGGAAAUGAUGAGGAACAUCUAUAUGAACUAUAAUAAUAAUUUCAAAAUACUCUUUGUACUUGUAUGAAACUCAGAAUAUUACCAAAUAAAGAAAAAAAAUUAAAUAUCAUAUAAAGUUACAGGACUUCAAAACUGUGAAUUGUGAUAUUAAGGUAAGUCACUCCUGAAAUUUGUUAAAUCAAGGAUUUUUUGAGAAGUAUAUUUUGGAUAAGUAUUCAUAAAGUGUAACUCAAAAUCGCAAAGAAAAUAGGGGGUCAGUGUGCAUCCUACUGAUCUACGGUACAAUUAAGUUGACCUUUUUGCACUUAAAUUUCAUCUCUUUGGUUAAUUACUUUAACCUUUAUUAUAUUUGAUCAGAUGUAAGCAUGGCAAUAAAUAUAAUCUUAUUUUACGUAAAAUAGUUUGAAUAAUAUUUAUCAUUAAACAAAUCUUGCAAAUUAUUGCGCGUAAAUUAUUGUGUGACCUUUUUGCACUAAAAAAUAACAUAUUUGGGGUAUUAAAAAACUUAAUAGGCAAUAAAAAAUUUUCUUAUAUCAAACUUUUUACGACUUAAGUGCUGAUCAGUCACAAGUAUCGAGUAGUUUAAAAUAAUGAAAGAAAAAGGUGGGGUCAGUGAUAUUAAUUUUGAAAUAUUUGUCAAAAUAUGUGAUUUUCAGGCAAAAAAUGGUGUAAAUUUGAUCUUGACUUCUUUAAUAUAUUUUCAUUUUUUUGAAAAGUUUGUUGAGGGA